AUGAACGCACCACGAGACCACAAGUGUGUGAAGCUUUUCGAGGUUUUUCCCACCUCGCUUCACUCUGCAUACAACACGUCGAUUUGUCAAUACAUGCCUGAGCGAACAUGGAGAUUUCCUAUCAACUCUCAUCAAUCAUCCUACUUUAAAUGCUUCGAAUCGAUCAAUCACUCGACUCGUACCCCAUCCAGCCAAGGUAGUUCUACUGUUAGCAGUGUCGAAGUCAUUCCUCCAUCAUCUCCGACACCCCCCGACAACAGCCUAUUCUAUUUGUAUAAUUCAUCCCACCGGUGCUUCGAUCCCAUAGCGUGUGUGCAAGACUCCAGCAUGCGACCAGACCAACUUGCUCGCACAUACGUCCUUUCUUACUUACCACCGUUUAGACACACCGAAGAGGUGACUCCGAGAACGUUACGUGCCCGCCGACUUGAAAACUACUUUUACCACUACCCUGCGGGGGACUGUAUUUCGACAGCUCUAACCCAUUCGCAUGUAAAGCCUGAGGUGGAGGCAGGUUCUACCGAUUUUCCUCCUUCCGAAUGUAAUUUAUCCUCUCGGCUUCAAUGUGUUCGUACUUCUCCGCCACCAAAGGAUCCUUGCAGCGGGCCAGUGGUGGUGCCCGCUCCCCUUCUCAAGUCGUUUUCAUCUGUACCUUCUGGACUCAACCAUAACUUUGGAUCUGACUAUUCUCCUUCCGUUAUCCGUCGACGCUGUCAAUCAGUGAGUGGAUUUACUGAGUUAACCUUCAGGUGUCAUCAGGGUAUACGCACCUCGAAAAUUGUCGCUUCUUCAGUCGAUAUGACGCAAACCAAAGUCAACUUGUUGCUGCUGGAUGGGACCAAGAGUAAUAAAUCCACUCCUGGUCUUGAAACCCAUCUUUCUCAACAAACAUUCCCUUCGGAUAGUACAGAUGUGUCAAUUUCGAUUCCACGUUCGUCUUCACGUUGCUCCUCUACAUCGUCAGCUGGGAGCUCACCUCAGCGUGUUGAUGCGUUUUACGACCUCGUUCCUCCGUAUAUUGCCGAAAGUGACUCUUCCUCAUCGUCCACGGAAGUACCCCAAGCAUCGAGCCUCUUCAGACAGCUUACGCGUUCUCUGUCUACCUGUCAUAUUAGCGUCCUCAGACAAAGUGAUGUUAAUUCAUCUUAUAUUUGUUCCAAUUCUUCUAUUUCCCCAACUCUUGUUUUACCGAACCCACCAAGUGGAGCGGCAGAAUCGAUCCAUUCAAAUGAUUUUUGUAUAUACUGGCCACCUACACCCAGUAUGGUAUGCAACAGUACAGAAACGGCUGAAGUCCCUGUAACCCCUCUGCAGGCAAAAAAUGCUAAGCGGUUCGUGGUGUGUAAGGAUGUUGUAAACGUUCUCAUCACUCCAUAUGAUACAUUGCUAUCACUGUCUCCAACCCAAAUGUCCCCACCGACGGAGGUCAUUAUAUCUGACUCUCCAGCCCGCACUGGACUUCCUGAGGAUUUCCCUAGAACGGAGAAAAUUGAUGCUUUUGGCGACCGCCCGAAAUGCAGUAGACCUAGGUCACUUUCCCACUCGGAGAGCUGUACGUCGACUACUAUACAUUCUGUUGAUCUAACCUGUGGUUUUCUCGUAUCUUCAAGUAAAGCAUGUUGUACUGGUAACGUCUACGGGCGAGGAGACUGCACGGAGGCGGUUGCAGCUAAACCCCCAGUUCCUAGAAAAAUCGUAUCGUCUCAACCAUCGUCUCCGGUUCUGUCGCAGAAUGUGGCGGGGUCAAAUAUGCGUUCUUGUGACAUAAGGUCCACAAAGGGAUUUCCCAAAAUAACCGGUCGUUCUGCAAACCGGACUUUGCUCACUUUACCCAUCCCAUCCUGUCUCACAGAUGUUUACGCCUCGAUUCACGCGGUUAGUAUUGUAACGAGCUCACCAGGUCUGCAACACCGUUAUUCUGCAUCAAUGGACUCGAUGCCUGACCACUACGCUUGUGGGUCGCUCACGUCGUUACCAAGAACGGAGCUCUUCGCACAACCGGAAACCUCCACAAUCUCACAUGUUUUCGCCGUCCCAGAUGUUUGUGGUCUUUUACAGUCUAUUUCUAACUACGGCAGUCCAUUAUCCCCUUCCACUCAUGGACAGAAAAGCUCUCUUUGUGGGACGCAAGGAAGACCGACAGAUCGUCGUUUGCUUAGAAUAUUACAAAGGUACCCUCGAUCACGCGCUGACAUGUUAACGGAAACGCAGCGUUUAUGCGGGGUGGAGUACGGGUUUUUAGCACUACACACGUCGUCGUGGAUUCAAAUGAUGCGGCUAACUCGUGAUAUCGAGCACUGUUUUCCCCAUUGGCAACUUACUCGACAAUUGCAUAGAAAUCCUGAUUUACAAUCCAAUCGCUCUCUAUCGCUCAGUUGUGUUUGA